AUGUUCUCGAGUGCCAUCCUCAUCGACUACAACUCGACCGAUGGCUCGGCCGAGCUCGUGCGCCAGCUCGCGCCGCGCACCUGGAAGGUCGUGCCGUCGUGGGACGGCGAGUUCGACGCGGAGAACCUCGACCGGCAGGUGAAGCAGUGGGAGAUGACGCGGCCCGACGACUGGCGCAUCGCGCUCACGACCACCGAGUUUCUCGUGAUGCCGGGCUUCCACGAGCGUCUCGCCGCGCUCGACCCUGGCCCACGCGGCCACCGGGUGCUCCACUUCCACUCGCUCAUCGCCGUGGGCGACGACACGAUACCACUCAAGCCGCCAAGCGCCGAGCCCCUCGUGUGCCAGCGCGGCGUGUUCGUCGAGCCGCAGCGCGGGCUGCUCCUCGGCGGUCGUAGCGGCGGGGCCUUCUACGACCGCUUCAUGCACGUGGGUCUGGGGAGCAACUACGUGUACACACUGGGCCGACAUGGUAUGAGUGGCUCGGUCACGAAGGCGGAGAAUAACGCGUUCUACGACGGCGGCAUCAUCCUCAAGUACAUGUGGACGCCAUGGCCCGAGACGCGAAGCCGCAAGAUGCAGAUCGGCCACAAGGUCUCGAGCCGUGACCGCAAGAUGGGAGCCGGGUUGCAACACAACCAGAUGAUCAACAUAUCCACCCGAGCCGCCGAUGAGCGCCGCGCGGGCGCGCUCGACGGCGUCGCCAAAUACGACGGCACGGGCAAGGCGCCCACGCCCGGCACUGGCGGCGGUGGCGAGCCGGCGGUGCCCGCGCUCGGCUUGCUGAAGCGGUUUUUUGGCGGUGGCGAGCCGGCGGUGCCCGCGCUCGCGCUCGGCUUGCUGAAGCGGUGGGCGUGUGGCAAGGGACUGCAUGUGAACAGUGUCACGACGGCGGCGCCUUAG